AUGUUUGAUAACUACGAACAUGUCAUGCUGAUUGAUGAAAAGUCUUUUCAUAUUCAGCUCUUUGAUUCACUUGUUGGACCGCCCAAUUUUCCUGAAGAUGCAGAUAGAUUGAGACCGCUUUCAUACCCCAAGACUGAUGUAUUUUUCCUAUGCUUUGAUAUUGGAUCACCUGACUCAUUUGAAAACAUACAUGAGAAGUGGGUUCCUGAGAUCAAACAUCAUUGUCCUCAUACACCCUUCAUGCUUGUUGGCUGCAAAUCAGAUCUUCGUACCUGCCCCAGCCAUGAAGGCAACCCCAUAGUGUCCAUUCAAGAGGUUGAGGAUCUUGCACAGCAACUGGGUUGCAGAUAUCAAGAAGUCAGUGCUCUAACACAAGAUGGGGUUCAAGAUUGCUUCAUUGAAGCUGGGAGAUUGGCUGUUAUUCAUAAGGGACACACCAGACUGAAGAAGAAGGGCCUUCCAAUCCCACCUGUCAUGCCUCCUGCAGAAAAAGUACCUUGCCCAGAGAUAGAAACAUCUACAUUUGCUGAACAGUGGCUCAAGCUACUAAAGAAUCCCUCAUAUGCAGAUGUAACAUUCAAAGUUGGCCACCAUGAGCUGCUUGCUCAUAAAAUCAUCCUUUGUGCUGCCUCGGAAACCUUCAGGAAACUAAUCAAUAUAACGCCAGACUUUGAAAUAAACCAAUUAGAGCCUGUAAAAUAUGAUAAUACUUCAGGGAAAAUUGCAGCUAAGUUGGUGCCAGGUUUGGAGAAUGCGUGUCACGAUUCUAAUGAUAACACUAUUAUUACUCUUAGAGAAGAUAUCACCUAUGAGGCAUUUGUACAUGUUCUAGAGUUUAUCUAUACAGGAGUCCCUUUAUUGAAAGAUGAGACCCCCGCAGAUGACCUUCAUGACCUGAAGCAUGCCGCAAUCACAUUCAACCUACCCCAGCUUGUGACCAUAUGCGAGAACAUUGAGCAGAACAUGGAGUUCCUCAAUCCAAGUAUAGGGACAUACCUAAAUCAUGAAACAGAGGCAAAGCUGAAGAAGAUGUUCUUGAACAAACCUUUAUUGGCAGAUAUUGUCUUCCUUAUUGAAGGUACCAAGGUGUUUGCUCAUAAAACAGUGGUAACGACCAGAUGUGAAGUUUUUGCUGCAAUGUUUAGUGGUCAUUAUACUGAGACCUCACAGGGAUCUUGCACAGAGGUUGAGAUUAGUGGGACAAGUCUAGCAACAUUUCUUGCCUUACUGGAGUACCUUUACACUGAUCACUCCCCCAUCGAGGAGAAUGACUCCAUUGAAAUCCUCGUCCUUGCCAACCAGUAUUGUCAGACAAGACUAAUCAACCUAUGUGAACUGUACAUCACUAAAGAAGUUGAGCAUUCAAUGGCUAAGUCGAUUGAAAGUUCAGACAUUGAUGUUAUAGAUCUACUAAUAUCUUGCCAGGAUCAUAAUGCUCACCAGCUCGCCAAAUGGUGCCUACAUUUCAUAGCUACUAACUACAGUUCAUUUAUGAACCAUCCAAAAUUCCCUCUACUUGUCGGCAGUAACCUUGAAUAUAUAGAGGAACAUAGGUGGCCUCCAGUAUCAUACCUUGAUAAGGUUGAGGAAUACAAUCAAUUGAUAUCAAUAAAGAAACGAAGCAGAAUAUCUAAAUUCUUCAGCUGUGUGUUCUCUAAAGUAGGAAAAUAG